ACUUACUCUGUUCUCUUUUUCAUCGCCUCGUCCUCUCCACGCCAUCUCUCUCUCUCUCUCUGUCUCGAUCCAGAUGGCCGAUUACAGAGAAAUACCUAUUCGAUCAAAUUCUCCAGACACGGCUGGUCAUAACAACAAUAACAAUCCCUAUAUUAACGUUUCCCCUAUUCCUACUUCCACUGCUUACAACAACAGCCCUAAUCCCGUGGAUAUUAUUUGCGAUACGUUAUAUCGCUGUGGCAAAACUGUUGAAAGGGCAACCAGGCAAGCGGAGAACAUGGCUGAUAACUUCUGGAAUCACAUCAGAUUGGGCUCUAAUCCAGCUGAUGCAGCAAUGGCUAGACUUGUUCAAGGAACAAAAGUGCUCACGCAAGGAGGGCAUGACAGAGUAUUUCAGAAUACAUUUGGUAUAUUGCAAGGAGAGAAGCUGAUAAAGCAAUAUGCCUGCUACCUAUCAACUUCCUCUGGACCUAUAAUUGGAACACUUUACAUAUCAACAAAAAGAAUGGCCUUUUGCAGUGAUUAUCCACUCUAUAAUUACCCAUUCUCCCUCUACGGUCAAUCCAUAUACUAUAAGGUGGUAGUUCCAAUGGAACAAUUGAGCAGGGUCACUCCUUCCUCAAGUAGAUGGAACCCUUCAGAAAGAUACAUUGAGGUUGUCACAGUGGAUGGCUAUGGAUUCACUUUUAUGGGGUUUAUAGCAUAUGACAAGGCUCUCAAGACUCUAAGUGAAGCCUUACAACAAUAUCGCAACCAUUCCACUUGAAGUUGAAUGCUCUGCUGUUGUAAGAAUGUACAUGGCUCAUAAAAACGCGUACUGAAUUCAGUGGUGCUGUAUGAUCAAUAAUGUGCUUAGAUAUGCCGUUGACUAACAGAGGCCUUGUAGCUUUCUGUUUUCCUGUUUAUAUGUGUUUAACAAAGAUCAAAUAUAUAAUUGCUUUUUAA